UCUGGACAAUCAAAAGAUCAUACAAUCCAGUAUAACAUUCAAAUGUUAAAUGGUAUUGCCCGGUAGAGAACUUUGUUGUCAGCUUGGACUGUCUUGGGACACAUUAUUAUAACUAUAAUGUUAUCCAAUCUCGGAUGAUUCUGAUAUCCUUUAAAUUGCUGUACCUUCUUUUAAAUUGCAUACGAAGCUAAUUGCUUAGAUGCGCAAUGUGAUUAUGGACCUCUUGGUUUUAGGUUUAUCAAUUUUAUUGAAUAAACAAAGAGGAGAAAUGGAUAUCUCAAGCCUUAAAGGAACAUUCUUGUUCUUAUUAAUUUUGCAAUGUGGAGAUGUGGAACCAAACCCUGGACCACCUCAGGAAAAAUCAGCCGAUUCAGAAGUGUUGCGACAAUUCACUCGCUGUAUCCAGUCAGAACUCGUAAAACUCAUUUAUUCCACAAAGGACAAAGACAUACCAAAUCCAAACAAUUUGUAUAAAAAUGACCCUCCUGGAUGGAACUCUUUUAAAAAAGAUAUUAAAUUUGAAAGUGUUCAAAAGUGUGGAUCCCAUAGCCAGAGUUUUGAUAAACUGGUAGAAUUAGUCAAGAAAGAACUCCGAACAAAAAUGCCAACUGACAUUGCAGAUGUUCUGAAUUGUUAUGAAAAACUUAAACUUUCAAACAAGAAAACAGAUGAAGCUGAAAAAGUCAAAUUUAAAACAGCUUUGGAGAACUAUGUGUCUAGGAACAGGGCUUUAAAAAAUAGACAGACAGUUCUGGACAAUCUAGAUGAGGAGCUGCUGAUAGAAGCGCUACAGAAAGCUACGGAGAAGGCAAUACAGAGUUCCUUGGUCUCUUCUGAUGGCUUUGAUAAGGUCCUUGAUGCUAUAAAUAAUUUUGUGGAUGCAGUGGAACAAUUAUUGUUACCAACUCCAGGAGAAAAAAGAGGUUUUAUCAGUGACAAGAUUCAACAGGUGAAAAAGAGAAAGACUCUUGUGCAGUGUAGGUACAAAGGCAAAGGGAAACUCCCGGCUUCAAAGGGAAAACAGUGUAAAGGAAAGAGGAAUGCCAAGAAAUCCCACCAAACUUUAGACGUUAGCGAGGAACGUGGGGAACCCAUUGCUACACCAUAUUUUUGUGAUGGAAUGCAAACUGUGCAGCUUGAACAAACAAAUUCCUCCAUGGACCUUGAAGGAAAGAUUCAUACACAACAUCAGGUAGACAUGUCUGGUAUAGAACAACCUCAAGAUGUACUACAAGAUCAUUUUGGGCUUCAGCUUGAAUCUCCUCCACACCACCAAGGGAUUCAGGAUGAUGACUUUGAUUUCCAAAAACCUAUUCCAGACAUUGGUGCAUAUACAGAGAUAUUAACUGAAGCUAGUCAGGAGAGGUGUCCAUCUGAUAACCUAGAUCUGGGCACUAUUCAAGAACCUGUUUUCAACUCACCUUUUGUCAACAAUACCGUUUUAGAUAUACCUCUUGAUGAAACAAAUUAUUUUAGUUCAACUUUUGUUAGUGUUGCUGAUUAUACUCAGGUUGUAAAUAUACCAACAACUGUCUCGUCACUUCUGUCUGUGGUGGAAUCCCCAGUGCCUACAUUAGAUAUUCAGGAGGGAAUAUCCAACCAACAUAUCCCAGAGGACAUCAACAUUGCAGAUGAAUUUGUGAGAUUUAUUUCCAGUUUAUAAGGAAUACUAACCUGUCAUGGACAACAGUGUAAAACACUUUGAAGUUUGUAUCUGAAACAGGGAAGAAGAAAAUGUAUGACUGGACUGGGAAUCAAAUUCAGGACCCUGCAUCACUAGUCAGGUGCUCUUCUGACUGAGCUAUCCAGGCCGAUAUCAACAGCCCAAACCAUUACAUACCAAGUAUCCAAGAGACCAAUACCAUACAAGUCCUAUAGUGUUUAAGGGACCAAAGACAACUAUAGGGCACUCUGAGUGAGACGAUAUACCUCAAUCCUUCAUCACAAUCAAUAUACAAUGCAGAGUUAAAUCAGUGAAGCCUUUGCUAUCUUCUGAUCAUUUGUAAAAUACUCAAAGAAUGGGGAGAAAUUUCUCCUUGAUGAAAUUAGGACUGUACACUGUUAUCUGUUAACUUGUUUGGGAAUGCAUUGAUUACUCAAUGUUUGGGUUGGAGGUAAAACAAAAAUCCCACAUCAGUCAAAGCGUGCCUUUACUUAAUUCUGUGUAAUGGAUCUAAUGGAUUCAAAUGAGGUAAAUCUUUACCCUAAAACUUUUAUGACUGAUUUUUUUCAUAUAACUUACUGAGAUCUCCCUAUAGUCUUUUGUAUAGUGAGAGAUUAUGACAAGACUGUAAAGAUAAAAUAAGAUCCUUCUACUUCUAUAUGUGGAAGUAAAAUGUAGAUUUAGAUUUUUUUUUGUUUUUGAAAUUGUAUUUUUGUACUCUACGCAAAUUCUUAAUGUAAACACAUUUUUUUCCAUGGUUCAUAAUUCUGCAAAUUUACAAUUUCAAUUUCUGUUCAAUUUGCAAGGAGUUAUGGAGUUUCCAAUUCAUUGACAUUUUACUUCUUAAAUGCACACUAAAGUGCGACUGGAGAAAUUUCUGCAGACAAUUAAGUUGUGACGUACUACCUGCAUAAUGGAAAUUAAUCCAACAUGGAAAAAAUAUGUCUGUGAAUAAUUGAAUGUGAAUCUUCAUACUGUACUUGUAUUGAUUUUACAUAUUAUUUUUAUUUACUUAAUUUAUGAUGUUAUAUAUCAAGUAAAAUGGGUAUCCAAUUAUAAAUUGCCCUGAGACAAUUUCAGAACUGUUGAUUUUAUUUUAUUUCUCCAUUGUAUGGAGUAUAUCUAUGGAUUGAUCAAAACAGUCAAAAAAAUCAUUUUUUAAAUUCAUAUUUUAUUAAAUGAUGUCAAAUUUGAUUAUGAUAUCUUACAAGAUUUUUUAAUGUUAAGAUUUUAUAUAACCAGAGAUUGUUGUUUAAUACUGUUCUUAUAUGUAUAUUUUUAUGACAAAUGUGUAUGAUUAAGAGGUCAGUAUUUAUUUAUUUAUAUGGUUAAGUUUAUAAGAAAUUUUCUCUCCAAAUCAUGAAAUCAAGGGCAACAUAAAGCAGAACAGCCCCUUGUAAAAGAGUAUAUUUAUAGAUCAAGGCAGCACUGUUCAUAACAUUUUGGAUUUUAAGAACAGAUAUUUUUUAAAAAUUCAUCAGAGUUGACACUAUCCUUUUUCAACUACAUGUAUAUCAUUCAAUAUGUCAUAUGACUAUAUAUACUUGCAGCUGUUUUCUUUCAAAUCAUUAAUAAUUGUCUUGCAAUAAAAUUCCGAAAGCAUUCAAUAUUUUAUAAAACAAUCCAUUUAAGCAAUGGUAUAUUAAAAAACAUUUACCAUGGCAUAUAUAUAUAUGCUCAACUCAGUUGAAUUUUUUUCAACUGAAUACGGGGUAUAGAAUCUACAUAUUUUAACUUGAUUCUGCCUAAAGAAAAAAAAUUCAAUUCUAUUUAGUGUUCCUAAGUAAGAAUUGAGUACUUAGUAUCCUGCCAGGAGCAGAUCAAUACAACAUAAAUGUCCAUUAUUAUCCUGUAUGAAAUUGAUCUCUAAAAAUUGAUUGUGUGACAAUUUGGACCAAAUUGUAAUCAGUUAUCAUGUGUCAGUGCUCUUAUGCAUUAAAUAAAUAAUCAUCUCUUUCUAUGCAGCUACAAAAUUUUCUGAGAUUCUUAAUAUAUUAUUUUAAUAUUUUCUGUUUGUAAAACUUUUUACAGUGUUUUAGAUAUUUAUAUAUUUUUGAGAAGGGUGAUUAUUAUUUUCAGUAUAUCUGCUUUUAAAAUGAGGAAAAAAGACAGUAAGAAAAAUACGUCUGAAUGUUAUAUAAUCUCCCCUUGUAAAAAAUUAUGGGGGUGAGGGAAGAUACACGUAUCUUUAAAAUUUGGAUGCUUAUUUGCAAAGUUUCCUACAUUGAUUAAAUGAUACAUAAUAUUUUUAGUGAAUAUUUUGAACAAGUGCUAUUUUCCACAGAAUAAUUGCUUGAUUUUUUAUUUAUGAAAAUGAUAUGCUGACCAUAUAGGCUUCAAUGUUAAAUUAAUAGUGAGGAAAUUGAACAAAGGAUGACUGUACUUAACACCAAGUUUUGGGUCUUUUCUGUGGCUUUUGUUGCUUAAGCGUCUUAAUCUAAUUUCAUAUUUUUUAAAUCUACCAAAGUGUCAAUUUGGCACCAAAUUUAAUUGUUCAAAUGAUUAUAAUCUGUUAUACAAUAAAAUAAUUCUAUGUUGUC